AUGACGAUCGACUUUAAGCAUAAAUUCAAGAAUUUCGCAAGCCUGUUGCGUGGCAAUAGUGGCCCGCUGGUCGCUGAUCACCAUGUUACACCUACCGAUCUGAAGCGCAAGUUCGCGGCAUUACUCGAUUACAGUGAGAAGAAGAUCACAACACUCUUCAACCACAAGGACCAUCAGAACGUCCCAAUCGCUGUCCAACUCCUCCUGUCACUCAAGAAGCUCGCUUUGGUCGAAGGCUUCACCAAUGCUGUCGAGAAUCGCCCACUUGCAUUGCUCGGACACUUUGUAGGCUACCUUGUCGAGCCUUUCAUCACACCAACUCUUUCACUCUCGGAACAGCUGACGAUGCUCUCUGCUGCUGCACAUCUGUGCUGUCUACUCUAUCGUCGAAAUCGGACGUCAUUCUGUCCUGGGCAGUGGUACUACGACAUGCAGACAUUCAUCAAGAAUAUCUUCUGGACCACUGCGAAGAUGAAGCUGCUCUGCCCGGAUGGCGAACUCUUCAUAGGACAGGACGGCACUGAUCGCCUCGAGGGGAACUUUGGCACGUACCGUGACAUGUACAGCGCCCAUAACGUCGACAUUCUCGAGCUAUCACAGCGAGCUGCGACUGCUGCAAACGUAUGUCGCAUCCUUGCUAAGCAUCCUACAUGGGAUCGCGGCCACCGGCGCCUCCGGCUCGAGGGUGCGGAGGGCGUAGAUCAUACAAACCCGAAGUCUUGGAUGGGCGAUGUACGAGUGGCGUCGGUGAGCCUGUUGACAGUAUGGCAAGCUGGUGCCCGCAACGUCACCAAGCUCCUUCGAUCCUUGCAUAUUGAACUUGAGCAGCUGCCUGACGAUAUUGACCUGCUCCGACCAUUUGGGAAGGAUGCUGGCUAUGUCGGGUUGAACGAGGACUUUGAUUGGGACUCUCUGCAUGGUGUCGAGCAGGCCGCGUCGCAACCAAGACGAACAACACUGCCCUCUGCUGACGAAGAGAAUUGUCAAGUCGAGUUAGUGGACCUCUUACCAGAGGUUGGGGAUCGCGACUUGGAUGCGUCCCGCAAGGACAGCUCGCACUGGCUUGCAGUCGAUGGCCAAGACGUGCACAAAGCGGCAGCAAUUCGCUACUUCCUUAUGACAGAUGACGGCCGAAAAUCCACAGACCGGCUUGCUCGUGUGCAAGGCGUGAAGAAAGUGCGCACGUUCUCGCGCAAUCCGCCGCCUCCAAAGGAUGACGACGACUCUAUUAUCGGCGACCGAUUCCUCAUUGGCCAGUUCUGUGCUACAUUCAUACGGGUUCAAAAUACAGCUGCACUCGCCAUUAUCCGUGUUACUACCAUCCGCAAGACAUCCGGGGCUUCUGUCGACUCGAUCCCACUCGCUGAUUUCGCCAGCUCAUCAGGCAUCACAUUUGUCGGCCAAGUAUUACAGCUUACCCAAGACUCAUCGACCUCAACAUGGUCCUGGACAGGCAGCUACGAGUCAUUCAAUGCUACUGAUGGCGGUGAGACGGCCGCGAUCACUGCAUCGAAGAAGUCUGCCCUUCUAGAGCUACCUGCACAUCUCACCGAGUGCGUGAAGCCCACGCUGGAGCAGCAAACAUCCGGCAGCGAUGUAUACGCGUGGAAAUUCACAUCUAUAACCCUGUCAGCCCUAUCCGAGUUCAUGUGGGACCGUGUCAAGUCAUACCAGCACCUCAUACCAUCUCGAGCGCCGACGCCGACGUUCCCCAUGCGAUCGUCCGGGAGCCCUGAUUUCGCCUUCACCAGUCAAGAGGGCUCGAUGGCACUAGCGGCGGGACCUCAGGAAGGGUUUGCGACGUGCUUCCUGUGCGGAGAAACAGUUGCAAUCAAGAAGAUGCGCGAUCAUGUCGGUGCUCACCUUCUCGCCAAGUUGUUGUGCCUUCGUGACUCUCGCAAGUUAGUGUCUCCUAUUGGAGACAUGCCGUGCGGGUACUGCGGCCGAUCCGGGACAUGCACAACGAAGCUGAAGAAGACAAAACACGCUUUCAAGGCCGAGUCAAACUGUAUCUUCUGGAACUCUUUCAAUAUCGCAUCAGCGGAGACACCCACGCAAACGGGCCCCAGUACCAACCGACCUGUGGUAUGCAAACCGUGCGAGGAACGUCGUCCGCCACAGAAAGGCCCGAAUAUCGAUGACGACAUUGUGUUUUGGUCCUACAACAUGCCGAAACACGUCAAGACGCAUCACGCGAACAUUCAGCUGAGCGAGGAAUUCGAGCGUUCAUUCGCAUUUGGGUCGCGCAACGAGCGCAUCUAUCUGAAGCUGGAGAAAGGAAAGCCUGACGAGACGGAUAAGGGUAUGAAAAAGCGACGUGCACAGAACUCAGGCGAGGGCUCCUCUGCGAAGAAGGCGCGACAUUCAUGA